AAACAAAACAAACAAAGAUGCUACUUUUCCAUCUAUAAAGCCACAUCACACUCUCUGUCUCUUAGUCUCUCUGAGAGACAAUUAGCAAGCUCUCGCUGGCUAUUUGGAAAUACUUCUCAUUUAUGGAGAAAAAGGUGGCAUUUUGAACGGAGAUAAUGGCGGGUUCUGAUGAUGGCCAGUGACAAGGAUAAGCCCAUGUUUUUUGAUUUCUUAGGGAUGAGAUGCGGUGAGUCUCCUGAUCCAUCUGUUGUUUCUGCUGAAUGGGAGAAGGAGAGGAGGGACAACAGGGGUUCUGAAGUUGGUGGCGCUGCCGGUGGCUAUGGCUUGGUGCUCCACUGCUCUGAUCCGGCCUCAGGAAGAAAGAGAAGCAGAAGCCCAGCUUAUAUGGGUAUGAACAGUGAUCAAAUACUCCCUGCUGUCUCCAAUUCCCUUGAUAGUCCACGUCUCGUGAAAAUUCUCGGGAAAGACUUUGUUAUGGGGUCACCUAAAAGAUCACAUGAUGUUAAAGAAACAACAUUCUCUAUGCGACCGCCGAGGCCAACUUCUCUUAUACCCCAUCCUUCUAUCGGUGUUGGGACAAAUUCACUUACGCUCAGGGAUGCUACUACAGGACCUACAAUUAUCUCAAAAGUUGUGGCAGAUGAAGGGUCUAGAACUCGCAUUAAAGAUUGUGAGUCUUUGAAACUUGCUAGCCCUGAUUUGGGAGUUGGUGGGAGAGACUCAAACAUAGCCUUGCCAUGUAGCCAUAGUCCCAAGCCUUCCCCCCUGGUGAUAGAACCAGGUUUGUCCAAACCCAGUUGCCAUAAAUUAUCAUCCGUUUGUCGGCAAAUGACCAUAUUUUAUGAUGGCCUAGCACAUGUUUUUGAUGAUGUUCAUCCGCACAAGGCAGACGUGAUAUUGGCUCUGGCUGGGUCAAAGGGUGGAUCAUGGUCUACCAAUUACUCCCCUUCUUCUGGUGUGCCAUCACACGUCGGUUAUACUAAAGCAGUUGGCCAGGCUACAGAAAUUAGAAAAGACUUGGGCUUGUCUAUCCAAAAGAAUUCAGGUGGUCAUCAUAGUGGCCUAGUAGACACAACACCAGCAAUACCUGCAGUUGAACCAAGUAUCCAAGGAGAGAAAGAUGCAUGAGGAAGGCUAUCGCCUCUGUUACCUUUUUCUGAAUCCACUUCCAUGCUUAGCAUUUUCCAAAGUCAAAUCUUGGAUUUAAUCAUGUAAUACUACUUUCCUCCUUAAGCUUUCAUUUGGUUCUUAGAGCUAAUAAGGAUGAAUAUAUGGCCCUAGUUUGUUCAAAGAUUGGCUGACAUAGUGUUGCAAAUGCUGUUCAUUUUAUUUUGUUGGAUAAAUGCAUCAUACAUAUUGUUUCCCA